ACCAUUCAUAAGUAGAGAGCGUAGGAAGAGGGAAUAUGCUCCCUUUUGCAUCAUUCGCCCGUCCUUACACUGAUCUGGCAUACCUCGGAGACCCAUUUCAUCUUCCAAAUCGACAACAUGCGCAGAAUAUUGAUAUUCCUUGCGUGCAUACUAGCCACGCUCCUACCCGCGCAUGCCACACCAUCACCAACACAGAUCAAAAUGGUUGAAUGGCCGGACAAACCAAAAGAUCCAGAAAGGCCAGAAAACAAAGAAAGGCCAGAAAUCAAAGAAAAGACAUGGCAUGCAACUUAUCGUUUAUCAGAUUUGGCAAGAGCGGACCGCACCUACUCGAUCCCUGCAGCACAGAUAGAUGAUGUGCAUAUUAUGAGGCUUGCCAAAACUCUCUUCAACUACCUCUGAGGACAGUACGAACAUAUCAAUCCUGAGCUCAUGUGCACCCGGGAUCAAUUCUGCCUUGUCGCUGUCCUAUGGGAUCCUGUGACCCAAGUAUUUUUCGCCUCCACGAUACCUGUCGGAGAAAGACGGAAGACCAUGAUUACAGCAGGGCCACAAAAAGCCCCGGUUUGGUGGUCGAAGGUUGACAAUCCGAAAAAGGAAACAUAUACACAUGCUGAAGAUGCUGUUUAUUUCAAUUGGGAGUCUGUAGCCCCUGCCAAUCGAGUCCAGGGUGGAGUUUAUCAUGGGGGUCUGAGGAUUGGAGUCUAUGGUUCCAAAGUUGAAGCGAAAAUCGUGAAUGGCAAACAGGUCAAGAAUGCUAAAGGGCAAGUUCAACCAGCAUUGACAACUCCAGCACAGUGGUCCUUGUGCACCGUGAGCGACAAGUCGCCCGCUUGUGCCGAGGUUGCCAGGAGCCUUCGCAUAACUCCGGUCCCCAUGGGAUAUUAUCGGCGCGAUACUGGAACGGAUCUGCCGCUCGGGAUUCUCUGAGCCUGGAAAUCUUUGAAGAAUGGCUUAUCAAUCACUACGAUGGCCAUGCGCAAAGGGGUCCAUAUGCAGAGGUGCCAAGGGUCAGUCGGACGGGAGCUCACAAUGCAGCCACAAUCAUGCGGGAGCUCCUUCGUGGUGACCCUUCCAUCUGGCCGUCGCCUGAUCGUUCUCCUGGCGAAGUCAACAAACAUCACCUCAGCCUUUGCAACCAUGCUUUGGAGUAUAUCCGUCCAACUUAAGCUGCUGAGAAGUUCGGGUAGAGUUGAGAGGACGUUCACGAUCAGUGAUUAGAUCGCCGACCAAAUAGAAGCAUUGAAACUUUUCGUUCAUUUUCAGUAUGGUAGAACUUGGAGG